AUGAAAAAGACCUCUGUUACUUGGCUUGACGAAUAGUGUGUUUAAGUUUAAAUACCUUAGAAAUCAAAAGGAAUAUGUGAGAAUAGUAUUUGUGAAUCAUCAAUUUAGGUUAUAAAUGAUCAACAGAAAGUAGAAGAUUCUAAUUUUUAAAUGAAUUAAAAUAAUUUAAUUUAUGAUUAAGUAAUAACAACAACUUUUAACAAUGAGAGCUAUUAAGACUUAAGAAUUGGAGAAUAACAUAGACAAAAAUGGGCUGAAGUUUAGAUUGGUUAAAAAAUUCUCAAAUCUAGUCCAAACCUUACUUAAAUUGAAUUAAAUAAUUAAGAUAAUAAAUCUAUAAAAGUGGAUGGAGAGCAAAAGUAAGAUGAAAAGCUUUAAGAAGAAGAUUUAUAAGAAUUAUAAUGCUAAACAAUAGAUUAAACUUUUUAAGAAAGAGGUUAAGUUAAUGAGACUUAGGAUGUUAAUAAUAGCAAUUAAAUUGUAGAUAGAUUUUUUAAAGGACAUUAAAUUUAAUGUAGAAGCAAUUCUAGAAAAGGUACUAGAAGAAUAUAAUCUGGCGAAUUCCAAAGUCUUGAUUAAUCUAAAAUGUUUGAAACAUCUGAUUUAAAUAAUAGAUCUUUUUCUAACUCAUCAAGAUAGCAUAGAGGUUCGUACAGAUUCAAACCAGAUGAUCCUAUCUUUGCAGAAUCUGGAUUUAAAAAGAAAAAAAACUGGAAAACAAUUGGUGGCACAAAAAUAGAUUCUUAAGAUAGUGACAACAACGAAGAUGCAAUAAAUUAUAGGUCCUAAAAGAAAAUACAUCGCACUUCACAAGAAGUUUGGAAGAAAAGCUUUUUUCAUAUUUUAAUAUUCUUUAACAGGUUUAUUUAUAGGAAUAAGCAAAAGCUAAUUUAUUUCAAACCUUAAGAGCUAAUGAAAAAUCAAUGGAAUGCAAUUAACGAUUUAGUUUAAGAAUUCUCACAGAAAUUACUUGGUCCUAUUCCUAUUAUUUUACCUUAUAACAAAAUAUCAAUUUUUUGGGAUUUGGUAUUAAUAUUUUUUAUUUUUUUAAAUUCAUUCACUAUCCCUUUCGAAAUUUGCUACGCUGAUGCCCAAGAGAUAAGCUAGUUCUUUUCUUAGUUGACAAGACUUGUUUUUAUGUUUGAGUUUGUAGUAUAGGUAAAUACAGCUUAUUAUGAAAACGGAGUUCUUUAAAAAAAUAGACUUAAAAUUCUCUUUAAUUACAUUAACAGUCAUCUAUUGAUAGAUACAAUAGCCUACUCGUCUCUUUGGCUUAAUCACUUAGGCUAUCCAUCGCUAAAGAUUAUAUUUUUAAUUAAAUAUUUUUCAUUUUAUGAAAUUAUUGAAAAAAUAGCAGAAUCCUUUCAAUUUUCCAGUAAAUAUCAUUUAAUAAUAAAUAUUUUAACUCUUCUUUUGGAGAUAUUUAUGCUCUGUCAUUUAUUUGCUUGCGCAUGGUUUAAAUUAGGUGAUUAUCAGCAAAGUAUUGGAUUAUAAAAUAACUGGAUAGCAGCUAAUAAUCUUGUUAAUACUUCUAUGAUCUCUUAAUAUAUUUCAUCAAUUUACUUCUCAAUAGUAACAGUUGGAACAAUAGGAUAUGGAGAUAUAGUUCCAAAAAGUGAUGGAGAAAAGGUGUUUAUUUCUUCAAUGGCUAUAUUCACUUCAAUAAUAUUUGGCUACAUUUUAAUGAAUAUUCAAAAUGUGUACAAAGAGUAUUACUGUGUCAAAAAAGUAUACAUCAAGCAUCUAGCAUAGCUUAAUAACUAUUUAUUUAGUAGGGACGUAAAUCCUCACUUGCAGUAAAUGGCCAGAAAAUAUUUAAAGUAUGUCCAUACACAGAAUUUUUAAAAGGGAGUUCAUCCUAACUAGACACUCAAUAUAUUGAGUAAAUUCCUUCGAGAGGAAAUCACUGAAGAAAUAUUUAAGAGAUCUAUAAAAAACAUACCUUUUUUAUAGCAGUUUAGUUAACAAUUCUUGAAUGCUCUUUCACUUAAAAUGAAAGAAGUCAGUUAUGGUCCUGAUGAGAUGAUAAUGAAAUCGGGAAGCUAUCAUGUUCCAUAAUUGUACUACAUAUUAAAAGGCAAGGUUGAGGUUUACUUAGAUUAAUCUAAUAAAUAAAAUUUAAAAUAAAAUUUUUUUUCAGAGUAUCAAACUUUUUAUGAAUAUAAAGAAAAUUAAUCGUUUGGUUAGUAUGAAUUCAUUUCGUAAGUGCAUUAAUCUUCAAUAAAUGCUAAAAGCUUAGAAAUAACAACGGUUCAUUAAAUAGCUCUGACAGAUUUUAUUGAGGUGAUAAAUUAAUUUUCAAUUGAUAAAGAAAAAUACCUAGAACUUAAAGAUAAAUUGAAUCUAAAUGAAAAUUUUUAAUGUGCAAAAGUUUACUGUUAAUCAUGCAAAAGCAGUUAACACAUUCUGAAAGAUUGUCCACUAUUCUUUUACAAACCUGCAAAGCAUAAAAUAAUUAGAUUUUACAAUUUAUAAUAAGAGGAUGAAAGAAAAAGUAUCAAAAGAUCCUUAGAUAGAUUGGUAUUAAACUCUCUUGCAUUUCAAUAAGAAAUAGAAGAUGAUUGCUUGUUCUUCAGAGAAGAGAACGAAGAAGAAUUAGGAAGUAUGAUUUAGAUAGAACCUGAUUUAUAAAGCUAAUCAAAAAAGUAAGUACAAAAAGAAAAAAAAUCUUAAGACAUGUUCAGUUUAAACAUACCUCAGGUUGAAAAAUUAGGAAACGGCUCAAGGAUAUCCAUUAAUAUUCCUAGAUCAAGCUUCUAACUAAAUAAUUAAGGAAAUAGUCAAUAGCUCAUUUAAACAGAAAAUAAAAUAGUUGAGUAGGAAAACGAGGAUUCUAAAACUGACUUUCCAAAAGAAUCUGCUUAAGAAGCGGUAUAAAUGACUUUAAAUAGUAUAAAAAAAGAUUCGAGUAAAAGCAAAUUAGAUAACGACUCUUAAUAAUCAUCCUUUAAAUCAUCUACUGAAUCUUAAGAUUCAUCUGAUGAUUAAUAUUAAUCAAAACAAAGUAAUAAAAAUUUAAACUCCAGAAAAUCUCUAAAUGACUGUGGAUUUUAAAAUUAGAAAAGUAGGGUGCCAAGUAUGAGAGUUAACAACAGACAAGAAUUCUAAAAAAAAGCUACUUUGCUUUCUGCUCGUACAAAAAAAAAUUGGAACACUCUUGAAAAAAAUUAAACUUUGAUCGAUGUUAAUUUGUAAGAUUAUAGAAGACCUUCAUAACUUUUACUUAAUGAUCCUAAACUAGCUACACAAGUCAAGCAAAAUUAUAAACGAUUAAUUACAAUAGGUUAAAUGCAAUAAGUUUUAGAAAUAAUGCAUAUGCAAAAUGCACAAAAAGUUGUUAAGCAAAUUAUUGAGCAUAAAGAAGAUAUUCCCACAGAAACAGUGAGAACCUUCAAGAUCUACAUGACUCAUAAUAAUAUUGGAAGCAUUAUAAAAUAAUACCAAAAGUUUAAGAUGAAAGAGAGAUUAAAAAAAAAAAUAGUAAAAUCAGCUGAUAUUGAUAACCCUUUUAUAAUCAAAUAAUUUGCAAAUCAUCCCCCUAAUUCCCCAAACUGA